ACCGCUUACGUGAUUGUCUUCGAGUACGGCCGCGACCCCUAUGUCUUCAACGCGUCCACCGGUGAACAGUAUAGCGUCAGAGAUAGUUAUAUACCAUUGAAUUCAAUCGGUUGUGUUAUUACACCCGAAAAUAUUUACGCCAAUAUAUCGAAAUCAGAUCAUCCGAAUCGUCUGAAUUAUGACAUCAGUAAAAGCGCUGAUUGGAGGCCACUCUUCGGCAAACAGUAUCCGUCGCCACCGAUUGUCAGCAUUCAGUACGGCCGCGACCCCUAUGUCUUCAACGCGUCCACCGGUGAACAGUAUAGCGUCAGAGAUAGUUAUAUACCAUUGAAUUCAAUCGGUUGUGUUAUUACACCCGAAAAUAUUUACGCCAAUAUAUCGAAAUCAGAUCAUCCGAAUCGUCUGAAUUAUGACAUCAGUAAAAGCGCCGAUUGGAGGCCACUCUUCGGCAAACAGUAUCCGUCGCCACCGAUUGUCAGCAUUCAGCCGGAAUCGCUUCAAUACACGUCCGCCGACUUCGACAACGCCAUGAAAUUGCAGGAAAAACUUGAUAAACAUUUACGCGAAUCGUUUAUGCGAUGGCGCCGUCGGAACCGUACGUUUUUCAACCGACACGUGAUUCAGUCCAUUAGGAAAAUGUUGCCCCGACUCGAGAGCGCCGGCAAAGUGCAGGUCAACGAUCUCAUA